CACUAUUGUAGUACAGAGGCUGUCCCACUGAGCUGUCAAUACGCAGAGCCCGAAAGCUCCCAUCCGCUGCUUCUCUGCUGCGACAAAAUUUUCCCAUUAAACUUAGUCCGUUUUCUGCUUCAACGACGUCUUCUUCCAGAUAACAGUGGCUUUAGUGUCAUAAUGACUCGGAGGUGAUCUUCAGCGUGUCCAGGUGGUUCUGGGUUCCAGGUUGGUGUGGUGAGAAAGCUAGCUAACUGCGGGGAGGACCGCCUGGGGCACUGUGCACCUGGCAUUCAAGUCACUCAGGAGGGGGCUUGGAAUACGGCAGCAUGGAGAAGGAAGACUUUAAGGUACUCAAUAAAGGAGAAGAGGAGGAGAUGGAGCUGCAUGGCUAUCGCUUGUGUCGAUGGCGACUGGCUCUUGUAGGCCUUGGAGUGCUUUGUACAGGGGGCUUCCUCCUCCUGUUGCUGUAUUGGAUGCCAGAGUGGUGCGUCAAAUCCACCUGCACCCGGACCACAGCGCGGGAUGCAGAAGUGGUGCUGUUACAAUCCACAGAUGAAUUCCGACGCUGGUUCUUGGCCAAGGUACGAGUGAUGCUUGCCCCGGGGAGCAACCCCUUCCACAGCCUGGAGACCCAGACCACCUCCCCCUCCUCUCCCUCUGCCCCCUCCUCUCCCUCCUCUCCCUCCUGUCCCUUCUCAUCCCCCAUGUCUCCCCCUUUGGCCAACGGACACACACCUCAUCCCUCCGAUGGCAGCCCUGCUCAGGAGCUUGUCAAAAGAUAUGCUGACUACCAACCUUCACAAAUCCGUUAUUUUACCUUGCAUAGCACAAAGUAUUAUUGGAACGAUGCAAAGCAGAACUUUGAGGUUUUAAAUGGCCUGGAGGAUCUGCAGCUCAACUGCUCUAGGCUCCAUUCUGAACAUAGCGGAGGCUUGUGCCAGAACCAGCAGGAGUACAGGAGACUGUUCUUUGGAAUGAAUGAAAUUGAAGUGAAAGUGCCUUCUGUUUUCAAGCUGCUCAUCAAAGAGGUUCUCAACCCUUUCUACAUCUUUCAACUCUUCAGUGUGAUCCUGUGGAGUGCUGAUGAGUAUUACUACUAUGCUAUGGCCAUUAUGUUGAUGUCGGUCAUAUCCAUAGCUACCUCUCUGUACACCAUCAAAAAGCAAUAUGUCAUGCUACAUGAUAUGGUGGCAGCUCACAGUAUUGUCCGUGUAUCUGUUUGCCGAGCCAACAAUGAUAUUGACGAGAUUUUAUCUACUGACCUUGUGCCUGGUGAUGUGAUGGUCAUCCCCAGUAAUGGGACUAUCAUGCCUUGUGAUGCUGUGCUAAUCAGCGGCACCUGCAUUGUCAAUGAAAGCAUGCUCACAGGUGAAAGUGUUCCAGUGACUAAGACCAACCUUCCAAAUCCAUUGCCUGGGGACAGGAGGGACUCUGAUGGUGCCUACAACACAGAGGAGCACAAGAGACACACUCUCUUCUGUGGCACCAACGUCAUCCAGACGCGUUUCUACACAGGUGAACUGGUGAAGGCACUGGUGGUUCGUACAGGUUUCAGCACAGCAAAAGGCCAACUUGUGCGUUCCAUCCUUUACCCAAAACCCACUGACUUCAAGUUGUAUCGAGAUGCCUACCUCUUCCUCUUGUGUCUAGUUGGUGUGGCAGGAAUUGGUUUUAUCUACUCCAUUGUCCUCAGCGUCAUGAAUGAGGUUCCUGCUGGUACCAUAGUUAUUGAGUCCUUGGACAUCAUCACCAUUACUGUGCCACCUGCACUCCCAGCUGCUAUGACAGCGGGCAUUGUGUAUGCUCAGAGGCGUCUUAAACAGAUUGGAAUAUUCUGCAUUAGUCCACAGAGAAUAAAUAUCUGUGGGCAGAUCAAUCUGGUCUGCUUUGACAAGACAGGAACUCUUACAGAGGACGGUUUAGAUCUCUGGGGAGUUCAGAGAGCAGAGAAUGGCAGUUUUCACCUCUCAGAGGAAUCCGCUUAUAAGGAGAGUCUUGUAAAGUCUCAGUUUGUGGCCUGCAUGGCCACCUGCCAUUCGCUAACCAAAAUAGACGGCCAGCUGUCAGGGGACCCACUAGACCUCAAAAUGUUUGAGGCUACAGGCUGGAUUCUCGAAGAGGCCACUGAGGAAGAAACAUCUCUCCACAACCGGAUAAUGCCCACAGUAGUCCGUCCUCCAAAACAACUGUUGCCCCAAGACGUCGCUAUAUCAGCUGAGCAAGACAUGGAACUUUAUGAGCUUUCUUCUGCCUAUGAGAUUGGUAUUGUGCGUCAGUUUCCCUUUUCAUCAGCCCUGCAGAGAAUGAGUGUAGUUGCCCGUUUAUUGGGUGAGAAGCGAAUGGAUGCCUACAUGAAAGGCGCUCCAGAGGUGGUGGCUAGUCUUUGCAAAAAAGAUACAGUACCAGCAAAUUUUGCAGACAUUUUGGAGGGCUACACUAAAGAAGGGUUCAGGGUCAUCGCUUUGGCUCAUCGUCGUCUUGAAUCAAAACUUUCCUGGCACAAGGUCCAAAAUAUCAACAGGGAUCAUAUUGAGAAAAAUAUGGAGUUUCUUGGUUUAAUCAUCAUGCAAAACAAACUUAAGGCCGAAACCCCAGGUGUGCUGAAAGACCUCCAUCAAGCCCAUAUUCGCACAGUUAUGGUGACAGGUGACAACAUGCUGACGGCCAUCUCAGUAGCCAGGGACUGUGGGAUGAUUCCACCUCAGGACACGGUCAUCAUUGCAGAUGCUCUUCCUCCCCAUGACGGACAGUCCGCCAGAAUCAACUGGAGAUAUGCUGACAAACCAAGCAAAACAACUCGACUAGAGGAAAUUAACAUAAGUCUAGAGGAUGUGUGCCACAUAGAUGAGCCCAAAACCCGAGAAAUGUUCCACUUUGCUAUGAAUGGAAAGUCUUUUGCUGUCAUAGCAGAACACUUUCCUGACAUGCUUCAAAAGUUGGUCUUGCAUGGAACAGUAUUUGCCAGAAUGGCACCAGACCAGAAAACUCAACUCAUUGAGACACUGCAAGGUGUAGAUUAUUACGUUGGUAUGUGUGGAGAUGGAGCCAAUGACUGUGGGGCUCUGAAGAGGGCACAUGGAGGCAUUUCUUUGUCAGAACUUGAAGCUUCAGUAGCCUCCCCCUUCACCUCCAGAACACCAAACAUUUCCUGUGUCCCCAGCCUCAUCAGGGAAGGACGUGCUGCUCUUAUAACCUCAUUUUGUGUGUUUAAGUUUAUGGCCCUCUACAGCAUCAUUCAAUACAUUAGUGUCACUCUUCUCUACUCCAUUCUCAGUAACCUCGGGGACUUUCAAUUCCUCUUCAUUGACAUCGCCAUCAUCCUCAUCAUUGUUUUUACCAUGAGCUUGAACCCAGCCUGGAAAGACUUGGUUUCUCGGCGUCCUCCUUCAGGUUUGAUCUCUGCGCCUCUACUCUUUUCUGUGCUCACUCAGAUCAUCAUUUGCCUGGGCUUCCAAAUCAUCACAUUCCUCUGGGUCAAAGAGCAGCCCUGGUACUCUGUGUGGACUCAGUCAUCAGAUGCCUGCAACAAGUCAAGCAAUUUAUCGGACCUCAAUCAUACUGAAUUUGAUGAACAUAAUAUAAAGAAUUACGAGAACACCAGCGUUUUUUAUGUUUCAUCCUUCCAAUAUCUCAUUGUUGCGAUUGUCUUCUCAAAGGGCAAACCAUUUAGACAACCAAGCUACAAGAAUUGGCCUUUUGUGGCAUCCACGUUGAUCUUAUAUUUUUUCUUAUUGUUCAUCAUGUUUUACCCAACUGAGGCAAUUGAUGAGUUUCUUGAGCUUGUCUGUGUCCCUUUUGACUGGAGAGUGAAGCUUUUACUUGUCAUUUUAGCAAAUGCAGUUGUUUCUGUCUUGAUAGAGAGCUUCAUCCUUGACAUCGUCUUAUGGAAGCUUGUGUUCAGCCGAGACAAACAGGGCAGCUUUGGCGUCACUCCUGCCGCCCCGACACCACAGGGUUCAUUUGACCUGCGGGCUUACAAGUGUUUGGUUGAACUCUGCUGCCCUCACAAGAUGAUACCCAAGGCCCGGUACAUGCACCUCGCCCAAGAGCUGAGUGUGGACCCUGACUGGCCUCCCAAGCCCACCACCACCACUGAAGCCAAGACUGGUCCAGAAAAUGGCUCCAGCUAUCAGAUUGGAGUUGGAGUGACAUAAAUCGACCAUUUUUGUUUUUGUGAUAACCAAGAAUGGCAUUGGGCAAUGACAUUUGCGUGACCCGGAAAUGUUAUACAUUAAAAAAAAAGAAGAAGAAGAAGAAAAAUGGUAUAAAUGUAUUUUCUUUCCGAAGACUUGACGUUUAAUGUUAACAACAACAACAAGGAAAAAAAUGAUUGUAUGAAAUAUUAUAGAAACAGAGGUUGAUAAUAAAUAGUUGGUUUCUAUCUGUAAAUAUAAAAUUAACAUAUCUACUGUGUUAAGGACUAUACAAAAUGUAUUAUUUUGAAUGACAAAGGGCUGGCUGAAUUUUACUUUUGGUACUGUUUCUGGUUUCUUGGCUGAUGCUAUACUGUGUAUUUUCAGUUUGAAAUUGUCAUUUUUUUUACACUGGGCAUUAAUGAUACACCAAUUCAGGUUUGAGAGCAAAAACUAGCAAACUGCAAAUACAAGUAUGAGCUGCAUCGAUGGUGUAAAUGACAGUGGUUAAUGAUUUGAAACAUGAAGGGACUGUAUGCCUCUAGCACCUUUUAUUUAACACAGAGUAACAUAAACUAGUGUGUACAUAAAUAAUUGGGUCUGUGUUUAUCCAUUGUAUUCAUGCCAAACAAGAAUGUAAUUGUCAAAUGAUUGUUGCAUUCUUUUGUUUGUAAGUUGACUAAACAAUAUUGCUGCUAAAGUUCUCUGCUUUUAAUCUGCUGUAAAGGUUUUCACCGCCUCCUUAGUAUUUAAAAAAAGGAAAAUCAAAGCAAUGGUACAGUGUAGUUUAAAGAGCUGCUGGGCUUGUAUGUAGUGUCAUAGAACAAGGUUUCUCACACUCUUGAAAGGCAUUUAGUCUGACUUUGACAUAAUAUGGAGCUUUAUGUAGUUUCCUCAGGGGAAAGAUUAGUGACUUUUACAAAAUCAAAGACGUAAAUUAACAAGGCAAUCUAAUAAAUUCUCAAAAUGGUUAAGAACAAUUCUUAUAGUGCUUCUACUCUUCUCAACACCUCGUACCAAUAUUUUAUUGGGAAAUGUGUACAUUUAUGACAAAUUUUGUACUUUUUAAUUUAUUUUGUAUUUGUUUUUCCCUCAUUUUCUUCCUAAAAGUUGUAUUUUAGAUUGAUCUCAAUCUCAUGAUUUUCAAUAAAUGUUCUUUUAAAAUAACAAUA